AUGAAGGAUGUCAGUUCUGAUGCCAAUGGUCAUCACAUCAACCAGAACUCCUCCAUUGAAAUGGAGGAGGUAGGUGCUGAUGACGGUGGAGGUCACACCAGCCAGAACUCCUGCGGCCCCUCAGCCGAGGAAGAGGGAGUGGCCAUCGAGCACAUUCCCAGUGCGGAUGUGUUACAUGAAAAAGAGGAAACUAAUGAGUGGACAGGAAUCCAGGAGAGGCUCAUGGAGGGACCAUGGAGAGGAGGAGGAUCAACAGGUGGAGGAAGAGGUUCAGGGUGGAGAGGUGGAGGUGGUGUUGGCGGAGGAGGAUCGAGAAACCAUCAGAGAGUCCUUUGUCAGGCGACUCUGGAUGUGUUGUGUCCAUACAAAGGAUGGACACUGUACUUCUCUGCAGGCUUCAUAGAGAGCUCGCCUAGUGUCGAAAAAAUCAAAGCGUUUGAGAAAUAUUUCACUUCCAAGAUUCACCUGUAUGACAAGGAUGAGAUUGAGCGUCAGGGCAGUGUUUUGGUGGAUUAUGCAGACUUGACCGGAGACCGAACCGUGCGUAAAGCUCUUCCUAAUCUGACCACAGAGGUGAAGGAGCAGCCAGAGGUGAUACUCGACUGUCUGGGAUUGGCUAUUCACCAGGUAUUGACUAUUGAUUUGGAGAACCAGGCUGCUGAGCUGCAGGAGGAAGAGCUUCCUGUCGCCACACCAAUCAUCAACAUACCUCACAUUAGCGCGCGGCUGUAUAACUAUGAACCGCUGACUCCAUUGCGGAUAUUGCGUGCCAGUCUGUUUGGACGGCUGGUGUGUGUGAGGGGAACCGUGGUCAGAGUGGGCAACAUAAGACCUCUGUGUACCAGAAUGGCCUUCAGGUGUCUGAGCUGCUCACACACACAGUCUCUGCCACUGCAGCAUGGGAAAUACGCUACACCUACCAAGUGUAUCCAACCUGAGUGUCGCUGUCGUUCAUUCGCCCCCAGCCGGAGUUCUCCUCUUACUCACACUGUAGACUGGCAGAUCAUUAAGGUGCAGGAGUUGAUGGGCGGUGAGCAGAGGGAGACCGGACGAAUCCCACGCACUGUUGAGUGUCACCUGACCUCCGACCUCUGUGACAGCUGCGUCCCUGGAGACACAGUUACUGUGACAGGAAUAGUUAGAGUUACCAAUGAUGGUAGUUCCAGAGGGAAUAAGGAUCAGUGUAUGUUCCUCCUCUACCUUGAAGCCACUUCUGUCAGUAAUACUAAAGGUCAGCAGUCCAAGUCAGGUCAGGGGUCAAGAGGAUCGCUUGAAGAUCAUUCUGGAGGGGAGGAGUUCAAUCUGAAGGAGCUUUAUGCCAUCCAGGAGAUCCAAUCACAGCCUGACCUGCUGAGACUUAUCGUACACUCUUUGUGUCCUGUCAUCUAUGGCCACUUGCUGGUGAAAGCUGCUCUAGCCCUGGCAUUGUUUGGAGGUAGACAGAAACAUGUAGGCAAGAACAGCGUCCCAGUUAGAGGAGACCCACACAUCCUGAUGGUGGGAGACCCUGGACUGGGAAAGAGUCAGAUGUUACAGGCAGUGUGUAAUGUGGCUCCCAGAGGAAUCUAUGUUUGUGGCAACAGCACAAGCACCACAGGACUAACAGUGAAUUUAUCCCGAGACUCCGGAACUGGGGAUUAUGCUUUAGAGGCCGGAGCGUUGGUGCUGGCUGACCAAGGCGUUUGCUGCAUUGAUGAAUUUGAUAAGUUGGGCAACCAGCAGCAGGCUCUGCUCGAAGCCAUGGAGCAGCAGUCUGUGAGUCUGGCUAAGGCUGGAAUAGUCUCCUCUCUGCCUGCCAGAACGUCGGUUAUAGCUGCUGCGAACCCCAUUGGAGGUCAUUACAACAGAGGCAAGACUGUGUCUGAAAAUCUGAAAAUGGGCUCAGCUCUUCUCUCUCGAUUCGACGUUGUCUUCCUCCUUCUGGACAUCCCAGAUGAGUCACAUGAUCGCCACCUGUCAGAACACGUCAUGGCAAACAGGGCAGGAAGAGGCAGAGCCAGCAGUGCCAGAGUAACCAGGACCAGCAGUGAAUUAGAGACCUCCAUCCUACUCGAUCACUCAGACAUGCCGCUGUCUGAGCGUUUGCAGAUCCCUGCAGGUGAAACUGUAGACCGCAUUCCAGCAUGUCUUUUAAGAAAGUACAUCAGCUACGCCCGUCAGUAUGUCCGUCCCUCGCUCUCUGCUGAAGCUGCACAGACAAUUCAAGACUUCUACCUGUCACUGAGAUCUCAGGCACACUCUGCUGAUUCCACACCCAUCACCACUCGACAGCUCGAGUCUUUAAUUCGACUGACGGAGGCAAGAGCAAGGCUGGAUCUUAGAGAGACGGCUACCAACAGUGAUGCUGAGGAUGUGGUGGAGAUCAUGAAACACAGUCUGGCUGACACAUACUCAGAUGGUCUGGGCAAUCUGGACUUUGAGCGCUCUCAGCUUGGGUCAGGCAUGAGCCAGCGCAGUGCUGCAAAACGGCUGGUCAACGCUCUGCACUUGCAUGCCCAGAGGACCUCUCAGAAACAGUUUGACCUACAAAUGCUUCGAUCUGUGGCCAGCAGACUGAACAUCAAGGUGAUAGAUUUUGAAGGUUUGGUGAGUUCCCUGAAUGAACAGGGUUUCCUGCUGAAGAAAGGACCCAAACUGUAUCAGCUGCAGACUGUCUGAUCACUGACAACUGCAACAGAGACAGAAUACACACCUGCACGUUCCUGCAGACCUCACUACAAGGUCAGUGAUGAACUGAACAGAGUCUUCCUUUAUAGAAAAGAAACUUGAUGGUGAACCCAUUAACCAGACCAGUGUCACCAAACCACCAACCAGCAGACGACUGCAAAAACCCAAUGAAGAGACUGUAACAACCACAACAACUGACAAAGACUGGACAGAUCUCUUAACAACUAAACUACACAGCAUCACUCUGCAAACUUACAGCAACCAGUUUCCUAAAUGAGCACAAACUUUCUGCUAGAAGAUGAACAAAGCUCAGCUGACUCCAGCACACACGUAUGUUGAAAUUGUAUGCAUUCAUCUACGCACAAAAAGCUUUAAACGUAACAUGGUGUGAUUUAUUCCAGUUGUGAUUUGGUCUUGACAUUUGGACAAACAAAAUCAUUAGUGUCUCAACUCUUCAAGGAUUUAAUGUUUCACAGAUACAGUUGUCUUAAAUUUCAUAAUUAAAAAAAGAAAUAUCUGAGUUUAGGCUAGUUUACCAAACAGUCAGGUACACUUCAAUAUACAUGCUUUUGUGUUUGUACACAACAUGAUGAGUAAGGUUGGUCAUUGACAAUGUGCUGAACAUCAGAUAGAAGAGGUGAUGUACUCGAUAAAUGCUAAAUAGGCAAUUAUACUAUCUCACUGUUGAGCGUUGUCUUAUAUGUUGUUUUCCACACAGGUGAUCUUGUUCUAGAAAGACCUUGAAUUUGGUUACAGUUUACCGUAUUUUGGAAGUCACUGUUUUUCACUGUCAUGUGUUACUGCUGCCCUCAGCAGCACCACGAUAAACGCUGACACAAUGAACAUUCAUCCACUGAGAUAGUCUCUAAUCCAACUCAAACACUUAUAGAACAUUUUUUCAGUAUUGGUUGGGCUAUAGCAGGUUCAUCUAAAAACUGCUCAUGUUUACACCAUUUGCUUCUCAUUUUCAUCUCAAUCCUGAAAUGCUCUGCAUGCUCAUCUACUAAACAACUGGUUUCUUUUUGUAUG